AAAACUCAAACAUGGUGUAUAUUUUGUAACUUAGUUGGUUAAAAUUUGUAUUUAGUGACCUCGGAAGUGUCUAGUGCUCCAAAAUGCCGCCGAAUUCGGAAAGGAACAACCCAUCGGCCACUAUGAUCAUUGAUGAGAUGAGCCCAGUACUGACGAUGGGAGGGGCUCCAAAACUAACCAAGAGACAAUGGAUGACGAUGGUAGCCAUCGGAAGUGUUCACUUCUCCAGUGCCAUCUGUAUAUCAUUGCAGGCUCCCUUCUACCCGCAGGAGGCUGAAUUGAAAGGGGCUACCGCUACAGAAUAUGGACUAGUUUUUGGCAGUUUUGAGCUAAUAGCAUUUCUCAGCAGCCCUAUUCUAGGAAAAUAUCUUGACUCUUGGGGUGCUAAAACAACUCUUCACUUAGGGAUGAUCUUGGCAGCUUUAUCAGCUAUUUUAUUUGGGAUGCUAGACUAUGUGAUGGCACACAAUUGGUUCAUCUCCUUAUCAUUCCUGCUAAGGAUAACAGAAGCUCUAGGAUCUACAGCGGCGCUCGUGGCUGCCUUCUCGAUAACUGCCGCUGUGUUUCCCAAAUCUAUCGGGACUACUUUUGCAACUCUGGAAGUUUUCUACGGUGUUGGAUAUAUUGUUGGUCCUACCAUCGGUGGAUUCUUAUUUUCCCUUGGAGGUUUCAAAUUGCCGUUCAUCGUGAACGGCCUUGCGAUGUUGGUGAUCGCACUCGUCAUAGUUUACGUUCUUCCUCCAAUCUAUCAAGAAGUCAAGGAUGAACAAGGAGAUGGCAUCACAGAUUUCCUGAAGGUGCCAGCUAUUCUACUCAACUCAGCUGCUGUUGUUGCCACUGCCAUCAGUAUGGGAUUUUAUUCUGCUACACUUGAACCUCAUUUAAGAUUGUUCAACCUGUCCCCCAUUGCCAUGGGAUUGAUGUUCGUGAUCAGUGGAGGGACGUAUGCCUGCGUCGCACCGAUCGUUGGCCGUAUCUGUGAUCGUUGGGCGUAUCCCAAGAGAGUUAUAUCUGUUGGUUGUGUCCUGGUCGUUAUCAGCUUCACGAUUGUUGGGCCGGCGCCUUUCGUACCACUACCUACGACUCUGCCCCUCUGCAUCAUAGGCCUGGUGAUACACGGAGUAGGACUAGCGUCUCUGAUGGUACCGACCUUCAUGGACUCAAUAUGCUCUGCAGUCGCAGCAGGAUUCAACGAUGACAUCGGCACGUAUGGCAUACUCUCAGGGCUGUGGUCUGCCUCGUUCUCCCUUGGUGCUUUCAUUGGCCCCUCAGUGGCCGGGGUGCUUUACGACAAAGUAGGCUUCAGAAACGGAACUUUGUUUGUCAUAAUCAUCCACUCAGCAUUGUUUGUGGUAUGCACAUGCUUCAUCACGUUUGAGAAGAAAAGAAGUUUACCUCCGAACAGAGUCCGUCUGCUCAGCGAGAGAUAUGAGACUGAAGACGACACCUCGGACUUCGAACACGUCCAAACACUUAACAAGGGUAACAUUCCGACCAAUGCAUUGUUGGGAUGGGACCUUGCUAGGAGUAAAUCCAAUAGUUCAUCGGGUGGGAUCCCUUCAGUGCACAAUGGAUACGGCAGUUUUACUCAUCCCUAUUGACAAUUGUAUCUUUCUAUGAAAGCAUUAACACUAUGUCUGUAAGACCAAGUUUAAAAACAGGUUUAUGAUAACCUGUGUGGCAUAAAAACUUGCUGCGUUUACAAAAGGGAAAAAUGAUCAGAACAAUCCAUCUAAGACUGUUUUAUUGGUUAAAAUAUUUUUUAAAUUUUGCUUAACAACAAGAAAAAAUGGUAAACAUCUAAACAGCUGAUGUUUAAAGCCUGGUUAACCUUAAAAUUGUCUCCAGCAGAUCCUUAAUGAUGAAAAAAUAUAAGGUGUAUGUUAAAUAUUCCUUGUACGCACUGUCACAGAGAAUUAAGGUAUAGAGGAAACACGCUUAUGGGACAAAUGUGCGCCUUUUAGCUCUAUUUUGCUGUGCUUGGAAUACUCUUAUGAUGCACAAGGAAGAGCCUGAGCAGCGAGCACUGUGCGGAAAUUCCUCUUUCAUAGGGCAUAGGAGGGUCUUCCUCCAACGUGAGAGUCGUAGUACAUGAGGGUGAGCGGGGCAGUGUUGGACUUUGCUGUAGACACCACUUACAGUGUACCAUUGAAUGUUUCCUCUGUGCCUUACUUCUCUGUGGUACUGCACACGUAAUACCGUGUUUUUAAAACAUGGUUAUGUAAACUUCUCAUAAUUCAAAGAAGGUAUAAUCCCGAAGUGUUUGAGAGAGUCUUCUGUUUAUGAAUUACAAUGUGAAAGGUGCUAAAUCUUGUAAAUAUUUUUUCUCAACUAACAUAACUUUACUGAUGUUAUUUUGGAUGUUAGUGCUAAGAUCUGUAUAGUUUUCAUUGUUUGAUCUGAAGGGAAGAUUCAGAAGGUGUUAAAAAUAUGUGAUAUUUGUACAUACAUGCCUUUCAGCUUACGUAGUUUUUUAUCUGUUUAUUACUUUAUAGUUUAUGUGAGAGUAAUCAUAAUAUUUAUAGGCUUGUUUAGAGUUAACACAAUUUUGCAUUUAUUUUUAGUGUUUUGUAAUUUCUCUAUGGUCUGGUCAGGAAGUAAGUUUUGAUUCAAAAUGAAGAAACAAUUAUACAUUUUACGGAUGGUUUUAAACUGCAAUAUCACUAAUAUAUGAGGACAUAAUUAAUCUUAUUGAAUAUUAAAUUUAUCGGAUAAUGAAGUAGACAUUCCAUCUUUACCAGCUUUUGACAGUCUUUUAUUCUAGAGAACACAUUGGAAUAAGACUCAAGCUUGGUUUCGAUUUAAGUUUAUGAUCUGAUCUCACGCUGUUAUGAAUCUGUUAUAACUUAAUGUUUGUACUCAAAUGAAUGAGAAAUUUCUAGCUAAUAGAAACGUUAAAUAUUGUUUGAAUAAUUGUCGUUGAGUAUAGCCAUAGCUCAGGAAAAGUAUAGGCCAUAUGGAAAUAUAAAAAGUACAGUUUUUGGAAUUUUCUCCGGGCGCUUUAAUCGUUUAACAACGCUUGAAUGUACAAAAUUAUCGGUCUUUUAAGCAAAAUAUCAUGUUUUGAGAUAAAAAAUGGGAAAAACAAUAUUUUUUUCAGGAAAUGAAAAUGCCUAUGGAACUUUUUCUCCUAGUCCGAUCAAACUGGUUUGCAAACUGAUUUGACUAAUUUAAUAAUUUAAAUUGGGAACCCGAGUUAUCAUGCUAACACACACACAAACACAUAUAAAUUUGAAAAGAUGGUGUUUUUCGCUUCUGGGGACCUCAAAAGGAAAAAAAAUUAAUCCGGUCGAGGGUCUAGGUCUUACCAUGAGACCUAUGGUAAUAGCUUAAGGCCCAGCGCACACGGUGUGUGACUGUUUUACAACAACUGUUGCAAACCAGUUGCAUCUGAAACCAGUUUGCAACUGAAACAAAACUUCUGUCCGCACACGGUGUGACUGUUUUACAACUACAGUUGCGUCCAUUGUGCAAUAAGUGGAGUGUCAAUUAAGCAGUUACGUUGCUUUAAAGCCUUAAGAGCGCUAACUAUGUCAGACUCAGACGAAGAAGACGUUAUUAGCUAUUAUCAGUUCUGAAGACAGCGAAGAGUACUGAGAGAGCAUUGGGUUCACCCUUAUUUGAGCAAGAAUGUUAGUCCUAGGCUGUUUGUAGCAGCUAGAGCUAGUCGGAUAGGAUAUUAUAAACACUUAAAACACUAUAUGGAAGUCAAAAUACUACCAAAAUACCACCAAACACCACAAAAACACCCCGUGGUCUCGUGCAACUUAAGUCUCCAACGCAACUGCAACGUCGGGCCCACGGUUGCAUGUGACUGGUUUCAAACUUCUUUUGAAAUCGCUUACAACCAGUUGCGUCGUGUGCGCCUCCCCACUGCAAUACAUUGCCGAGGUCACAAAGCAGUUGCAAGCGCAACUGGUUUGCAACGAAAGUUGUAAAACAGUCACACGGUGUGCGGUGGGCCUAAGCGGAAAUUCGCUAACAGUAUUUUACAGUAGCAAAUUUUGUCAGGUGUUCAAUUGAAUAAACUUUUUUUUCUAUUCUUCAACUGUCCAAAUAUUUAUGAUGGGAUGUCUACCUCACAGUAUCAACAAUCAAAGCUUCUAUUUUAUCUAUGGUGAAACCAUAACCACAUUCUAAACUGGAUGAUACAAUGGACACUUCAGUGCAAUUACUGAGAGAUUGAUUUUGAAAGCCAAAGCUGCAUGUGACAUAUUGAUUUGUAUAUGUUUGUCUAUCACCAAAGAAACUCAGCCAGGAGAUCUGUUUUGUACCUGUUUUCAACCAUUGACAACAGACUUUUGCUGAGUUGCAUUACCUACCACUUCCGUGGUUAAUUCUUCACUUGGAUGGAAGUUACAAAACAUCGGCAGAACUUACUUUCUGAUCAGUUCUAAUAUUCAGGUUAAGUUAUUGUAAAUACAAAAUCGGUAGCACUAGCUUUUGUAAUUUUGAAUUUAUUACUAGCAUCUUUGAUCAAAAUAACCUAAGAUUUUUAAGUACAUUGGAUAGUUUGACUGCUGUAGGAAUCCUAGAUAUUAGUUUCACUAGAUUCCUGACCAAAGUGUCAGGCAUGUUAAGCUAGUCAUAGGAUCAGAAACUCGUUUCAUUCCAGUAUUACUUUAAGGAGAUUUGUUUUAAGAAGCCAUGUUGGUAAUGAAUCAUAUGUUUUCUAUAUAAGAGUGUUUUGUAAUAAAAAACUUGUUUUGAAAUAA